AUGAUUUCCCCUGCACAUAAUCGUGCUUUAUACGACAUCCAGGAACUGCCGCCGGACUCGCGCAUUCUUUCAGGACAGAAGUACCGCCGGUACCUCUACUGGGCGGCCCGAGCAGCAAUAUGGACGUUCAAUCUCUAUUUCACCGUCCGGUUACUCCUGAUCCUGUCCGCCAGACAGCAACAAACAUGGCAGAUGUGGGCGAUGCUCCUUGUCGAGGGCAUCUUUUGUCGCCUGUCCCGUUGUGAUCAGCUUCUCACCGUUGCAGCCGGAGGGGGACCACAGUGUACUCCCCGGAAGAGGCUACGAUUGCGUGGGAAUGAAAACCUUCCGCGAGUGGACAUCCUGCUUCCAUGCUGUGGUGAACCGGUUGAAGUCAUCCUGGACACCGUGCGAGCUGCCUGUACACUGGACUACCCGGUGUCAUCUUUCAGGGUCCUGGUGCUGGAUGAUGGUGAAUCCAGCGAACUUCACCGUGCUGUCAAUGGUCUUCGCUCGAAAUGGCCUCAUCUUUUCUACCACUCGCGUGGGAAGCAGUCCGGUCGAGUAUUCGCCAAAGCCGGGAACUUGAACUACGCUCUGUUCGACGUACAGGGGAAGGGAAAGGUUCAGCCGGAUUACUGCGCCAUUCUAGACGCAGACUCGAUUCCACAGCCGGAAUUCCUAAGAGCGACGCUGCCCCAUUUGCUGCAGAACCCACAGGCGUCGCUGGUUACGACACGGCAGUAUUUCGAUAACUUGCCUGCCGGGGACCCGUUGUCUCAAUCACGGCUGCACUUCUAUGCGUGUCAGAAUGCAGAGCUUGAUCUUCGCGGGUGUGCGAUUGAUGCAGGCUCCGGUGCAGUAUUCCGACGUAAGACUAUUGUCGAUGAUGCAGGCGGAUAUCCUACUUUCUCCUUCUCGGAGGAUUGGCAGCUCUCUCUGAUCUUGCACGGGCUGGGACAUCGCUGUGUCCAGGUACAGGAGCCGUUGCAGUUCGGGCUCGUCCCCGCAUCUCUGGAGGGGCAUAUUGCUCAGAGGAAUAGAUGGUAUAUCGGACACUCGCAGCAGGUUUUUGCUUUACGUCCUCCGACAAGUAAGACGCUUCCGCGACACAUUCAGUGGAGUAUCGCUCGCGGGGGAUUCUUCAUGGUUUUAGCGCUGGUUGGAAACAUGCUCGGCUAUGCGGCUGUUCCUCUGCUUUUGACCUCAGGACAGCUUAUCCCUGCUACGUCGCCGCUUUUAGUGAAGGUACAGGUGAUUCUGGCUCUUUUGCAGAUUGCCAUGAUGUGGAUAUAUGGGUGGCUGCAGAAUGCGCAUGCGGGCAUUCGAGGGUCGCCGUUUGUUCAUCUUGAAAAUAGCUGGAUGGCGCCUUCGCACCUAUACGCCAUCAUCCGAUUCCAUUUCUUCUCAAACAAACCCAAAGGAUCCUUCGUUACAGGCAGCACGGCCAAUUCAUGGAACCACCUCACCAUCCCCCCUUUCUACAAAAAGCUCUACCGGAACCUGCGACAGGGCAGUGUCGUACAGAGCGUCCUCCUCCUCAUCGCUACCGUAGGAGCUACGCUCUACGCAUUGACUUUAGCCCCUCCCGACAAUCCCAAAAGCGAAACCCUAGCCACACGCCUCCUGACUUCCCUGGCCUGGCCACCAUUACUCCAUCUAUGCUACCUGACAGUGACGAACCACUGGGUACCUGUGGCGUAUAUACUAAACCCACCUCAUUAUCCCCCGCGGGCGUCAGUGUCUGUGCAGGAUCCUACGGAUGGAGACAAAUCAUCGUCUCCGCAGGAGAAAAAUUCGGAGUUGUUUACUCGUCACGGCCAUGUUCAUCACCUUACUACCUACCAUUUCUUGCCGUUGGGCACGCUGGUUUUCGUUAGUUUGCUGAUGACGACGGUGUUUCUAUAG